AAUAGUUAUAAUGUUGAGUAAUGGUUCUCGUAUUUCACUUCAUAUACGCGAGUCUAGGUACCAUCAAAAUCUAGGGUUAGGGUUUUGUACUUCCAAAUUCUUUCAACUUUCUUCUUUCAUGGUGAGGCCUCUUUCUGUCGCUAUUAUUGGAGAAAAUUAUAAUCAGAGAUUGCAGCGGAGAUCGGUAUCUUCUUCCAGCCUUCAAAGCAAAUCCCCUGGCGAAUUGCCUCUUCUCUCUGAAUGUUUCAGCCAACGAGAAGAUGAACGUGAGCUUCCUCCGGAAGGAUUGUACCCUGUGGCAGGAGGGAUAGUAGCAUUGGGGAAGUUUGAUGCCCUUCACGUUGGCCAUCGAGAACUUGCAAUUCAAGCAUCAAAGGUUGGAGCUCCAUAUCUGUUGUCAUUUGUAGGAAUGGCAGAAGUAUUUGGUUGGGAGCCUAGGGCCCCCAUAGUUGCCAAAUGUGACCGGAAGCGGGUUCUUUCAUCUUGGGCCCCACACUGUGGCGGUGUAGCUCCAGUAGAGUUCCAGAUAGAAUUUUCAAGUGUUCGACAUCUCACUCCACAACAGUUUGUUGAGAAGUUGUCAAAGGAUUUUGGAGUAAAUGGAGUUGUGGCAGGGGAAAACUACCGGUUCGGAUACAAAGCUGCAGGUGAUGCAUCAGAAUUGGUGAGAUUGUGUGGGGAGUAUGGCAUGGAUGCUUACAUUAUUAAUUCUGUGAUGGACAAGAAUCAAGAUUCCAGAGAUAUAGACUCCAAGGAUUUUAAAGAGAGAGGACAAGUUUCAUCUACCCGUGUUCGCCAUGCCUUAGCUAUUGGUGACAUGAAAUAUGUGUCUGAGCUUCUUGGUCGUCCACAUCGUCUUAUAUUGAUGGUGAAUGAUCAGGAAGAGUUAACUAGUAGUAGAAAUAAGCAUAUGUUGUCAGUUUCAAAGUCUUGUUUAUUAAAUCUUCCGCCAAAGGAAGGUUUUUAUGAGAACUGUACUGUUUUAUUUGGUGAUGAGAACCCAGUAAGAUGUAGAAUAUUCAUUGACUCUACACGUAUCCAUUUAGAAAUGGAUGAGGUAGGUCUUUCUAGUUUUGAUAAUUCUCAGGACUUACGGUUGUUGGGUAUCGAAUUCGGUGUGUUAGAAAGUUAAUUUUGUUUUUUAUUUAAGCCGUGUUGUUUUAUAUUUAUA